AUGUUUCUUCACCUGUUGCACAAUGUACGGCUAGUACGUCCUCUUGCUAGCCGAAUUACCACCUCAAACCUUCGGUCGAGACUCGUUUUCGGCCGUCCAGCUUUGGCGUCAUUGCUCCAUGUAUCCUCAAAACGAAACCAGAAAGCAAGCAAGCCAAGCAUACCGGAACAAACAUUCGAUGAACAAUUGAAGAAGCUGAGCUUCAAGUCAGAAGAGCAAAGCAGUGACCCCGAGACCAAAGCUGAAAUAAAACCAGCACAUAGUUCCAUCACCGAAAACAUAUACACUCUUCCAAACGUUUUGACAUUCACAAGAAUUAUCAGUGCACCAUUUGUGGGCUACUACAUCAUUCAAGGCCAGCCCUUGACAGCCAUAGGAAUCUUUGCUUAUUCUUGUAUCACGGACCUCGUAGAUGGAUUUAUAGCACGACGGUUUAACAUGCAAUCGAAGGUAGGAUCCAUUAUUGAUCCAAUGGCAGACAAGCUCUUGAUGACGGUGUGUACGGUUUCACUCUGGUACUCACUGAUCAUGCCAGCUUAUUUGGCAUUUUUGAUUAUAGGACGAGACGUUAUGCUCAGUUUCAUGGGGUUUUAUUAUCGGUACAUCUCGCUUCCACCACCCAAAACCAUCAGCAGGUACUUGGAUAUGUCGAUUGUUUCCGUCAGUGUGCAUCCCAAUAUGCUCUCCAAGGUGAAUACUGCCUUGCAAAUGUUUUAUAUUGGAGGACUUGUGAUCCAGCCCGGUGUAGCUACUUUGCUUAGCAGCGACCAUGCGAUUUUGCUUUCUUCUGGAAUUGAUGCGUUGGGUAUGGUAGUCGCCGUAACCACAUUUUUCAGUGGACUCUAUUACGUUUUUUCCAAAAAAGCAAUCGAAUUCAUCAAGCCGUAA